CCCAGAAAGGAAACGCCCCAGUGUGAGCCCAGCUCUGAGCACAAGAAAGUGAAACUAGCCCUGAAUUCUUCCUGAUCAUCACAGCCAUGGCCACUGCCAGCUCUGUUGAAAGUCUCCGGGAUGAAGCCACCUGCUCUGUCUGCCUGGAGUUCUUCAAGGAACCGGUGAUGAUCGUGGACUGUGGGCACAACUUCUGCCGAGCCUGCAUCACCCAGUGCUGGGAGAGGGCCGAGACAGAUGUCGCCUGCCCUCAAUGCAGACAGACCUUUCCCCAGAGGAUCCUCCGCCCAAACAGGCUGCUUGUGAAUAUUGUAGAACUAGUCAAGGGCCUGAGCGUGCAGUCAGCUGCAGGAGCCGGAGGGAAGAUGAUGUGUGAGGAGCAUGGGGAGGCUCUGAAGCUCUUCUGUGAGACAGACCAGAUACUGAUGUGCUUGAUCUGCCGAGAGUCCCGGGCACACCGAGCUCACCCCGCAGCUCCCAUCCAGGAAGCUGCCCAGCAGUGCAAGGAACAAAUUCAGACUCAGCUGCAGUUUCUAAGGGGAGAGAGGAAGAGGCUUAACGAACUGAAAGGGAGUGAAUGUCAGAAACACCAGGAAUAUCAGCAAAAGGCAGCAGCCGAGAAGCAGAAGAUUGUGGCUGAAUUUGAACAACUGCGCCGGUUUCUGGUGGAACAAGAACGACUCUUGCUGGCGGAGCUGGGAGAGCUGGAGAGGGGGAUUGAGGAGAGUCAGAGGGAGACUGUCACCCAGCUCUCUGAGGAGAUUUCCCAUCUUAACAGCCUGAUCAAGGAACUGGAGGGGAAGUGCCAGCAGCCAGCAAGUGACCUCCUGCAAGACAUCAAAAGCACGCUGAGCAGGUGCAAGACGGAGCAGUUCCAGCUGCCAGAGGGGAUUUGCCCAGAGCUGGAAAGGCUCAUCAUCUUCUCUGGAAAAAGUCUAGCUCUACAGGAGACACUGAAGACGUUUCAAGAGACUCUGCCGUUUAAACUGGAGAAGCCAGCGUACACAAAGGAGCCAUGGCCACUGAGAGCUCUGUGGAAAAACUCCAGGAUGACGUGACCUGCUCCACCUGACCCGUUAUCUUUCCUGCCUAGUGCAGGGGGCUGGACCCAAUGAUCUUGCGAGGUCCCUUCCAGCCCCUUACAAUCUAUGAAUCUGCCUGGAGUUCUUCAGGGAUCUGUUGAUGAUCAUGGGCUGUGGGCACAACUUCUGCUGAGCCUGCAUCACCCAGUGCUGGAAUGGGGUUGGGAGACAAGUUACUGCCCUCAGUGCAGACAGACCUUUCCCCAGGGGAACCUCAGCCCAAGCAGGCAACUGGAGAAUGUGAGCAGGGGAAAUACCAUGACUGAGGUAAUGCAAUUAAAAUGGCACUGUGUAGUGGAGGGUGCACCCUUGUCUACUUGCUGACAGGACUCCCUACAAAAGCCUCAUAGUUAACUUCCCACUGGCCAGCUUCCAGUGGCAGGAUCUCGGCUACAUGCCGACUUUAUGGAAAUGGGAGAGUCCUCCAUUGUUUGCUCCUGCUGAGGGCUGCUCCAUAUGGCUGAGGGCAAGCAAAACCCGGGGGCAUCCAAACCCCAAGCCUCUGGGCUUGGGCCUGCAUGUAGAAUGCCUGUCAAAAGAUUUGGAAGUAUCUGAAGCCACAGGCGGAAAAGUUUGGGGUGGAGGAUACUUGCUGGUAGUAGAGCCACAUUGAAUGGUUCAAAGGAUUGGGAACUGAUCUGGCUGAUCUGGCUAAUUUGACCUGGGACAUGAAAACAUUUCCUUAAAAAUACUAAAACAUGCAUAGAAAGAGCUAAGGGAAUGAGGGUGGGGUCAGCUGAGGGCGCUGGAGGGAAGACGGUGCCCAAGGAGUAUGGGGAGGCUCCAAAACUCUUCUGUGAAACAGGCUAAAAGCCGAGUCCUGGGUGCACCAAGCUCACCUUGAAGCUCCCAUCUGCCAGGUAUGGGGGCACAAGCUGGGUCAGACUGGAUGGCUGGGUUUGACUAACCUUCCUUCCAGAGCUGGAUUUCUCUCUUCCACCCCUUCUGCUAUGGCUGCAUCACUGGAUUCAGAGGACCGUCUGUGGAAGGAUCUGAGCACACCAUUGCACUGUAAUGGUGAGAGGAAGGCUGAGAUGUCUGUGAGAUCAGGUCCUUCCAUUUCCAACCAAAAGAAGCAGGGAGGCUGCUCCUGUGGGUCUGGACACACGGAGCAACUGAACCAUUCCCACAUGUCACUGACUUAGACAUGAUCACAAUUGUGUGUGAAGGACUGUGGCUAGAAGCCAGGGAGUACCAGGCACCAGCUUCCCUUUAGCUUGUUGUACAUUUCCUGGUAAAAUAAAGGAAAAAGGGGUGCACAACUUUGGGGCCAGAGGUUGGCAGUAGGCCUGUGCAAAGCGGCUAGUAUUCGCUUCAGAUUCGGCUGAUUCGGGGGACAAUGACUUGAUUUGGUGAUUCAAAUCACUGUCCUGAUUCAGUUUGGCUGAAUCUGAUUUGGAGAUUUGGCAGCAGCCAAAUCUCUGAAUCUCUGAAUCAGCCAAGCCAGGCCAGGCCCAUCCCCUGCCCCUCUCCCAACUCGGCAAUGGCUGCUCUGCCUGCCCCAGCUCCCAGCACUUGGGCAAAAAAAAGCUUCAGCUCAGCAGGUGCUGCCGGGCGGGGGACGAUCCCCACUGCCCCAUGCUGCAUGGGGGGCUCUGCACGAACCCCCAACCCCCUCCUCCACUCCCCCACAGGUGCCCUGCAUGGGCCAGCUCCUGACCUUUCAGAAAAAAAAAAGGCCUGAAGAAACCCCGGGACUCACCGCUGCUGCCAGCAGGGGCGAUCCCCACUGCUCCGUGCCACGUGAGGGGCUCUGUGCAAGUCCCUGAGGCUGCACCAGGAGCGGUGAGUCUCUGGGCUUUCCUCGGCUUUUUUUUUCUUAAAAGGCCAGAG